AUGGGAGGUAUAAUCCUUCUUACGGUGUUGCUGCCCAUUGUGGCAUUGGUGGGAACUGUACUUGGAGCAAUGCUUGUUGUUCCAACUUUGUUAUUCAAGCCUUUAUUUGAUAUAACGCUUUUGCUCACUUUAUUGCUGCCACUUUUCGCUGUGGUAGGAACCAUAUUUGCUUCAUUAGUAGCACUCCCCACUUUAUUGGUCAAACCAGUCUUCGAUAUAACACUUUUAUUCAAAAUGUUUGAGUUGGAUUCUAUUGUAUUGAUACUUAUUUUGUUAUAUCUAAUUGUCAGACGCUCCAGAGAAAACUCCGAGCCGGCACAUAACACUAUUGUCAACAACAGUAGUAAGCUAUUAUCGCUUCCAGAUGAAUUGUUUAUUGAAAUAAUGAGUCUAUUGAACCAGCUCGACAAAAUAAAUCUUUUAUUUGUGAACAAGAGAAUGAAUAAUUUGGCACGAGUAAGUUUGCAAAGAGUGAUUUACGUUAACAAUGGGGGUCCAAGAAUCUUGAUAAGAAGAGAAUUCAAUACUUUGUUCUACCUAAAACAUACCAUAAUUACCGAGACGCAAUUCAGAAAAUUACUAAGUUCAGACAAGAUACAUAACGUUAAAAAGGUUGAAUUCUUCAGCGAUGUUGUAUCAUAUAAGAAUUUAGAACUUUUGUCAAAAAGCAAUGUAGUUGCCACUUUUGAACAUAAAGAAGGAAGCAGCUUGACAAAUUCUAAAGGUAAGUUAUCUGCCAAUGGCUUUUCAAUAUUGGACGUUAAUGAUUUUCUAUUGAAGGAAGCUUCAACAUCAGCUAAUCUUUCAAUAGAUUGCAGUGGUGUAACUGUGUUUCGAAAGCUUUCUCCAAGGUUGAUUCUAAGAUCUUUGAAGUUACAACGCAUACACUUGGAAAAUUUACUUCUUUAUCACAACUUUGAACCGAUUGAGAUCAAAAAUUUAUCUUUAGGGUUUGAAGAAAAAGCCCCAUCAGUUAUUCCAAUAGCAAAAAUAUUCAAAUUAAAUAAAAUCGAGUCCCUUGAACUUAGUUUUGAAACAAAACCAACUGAAGUUGAAAUGCAGCAAUUCAUGUCACAACUAGUAUCACUAAAACAUCUAUCCAUAAUGUCUCAGAACUUCAGAUUUGAUAGAGCACUAAACUCUUUAGAUCCCAACAGUCUUGAAUCAUUUCAUGUUAUUGUAAUGGGCAGAUAUGAUACCUUUCUGGCUAAAAUUGUAGCAGAAAUUCUCAAGAACCAAUCAGAGUCAAUAGCAAGAUUGUGCUGGUCCAACAAGCGAUUAAAUGUCAGAAAAAGAAUAUAUGGGUUGAAUGAUUUUGAAAGAGUGUACAGCGUAGAUGCAGUUGCAAGGGAUCAAGAUAUUGCUGAAAUCCGAGCUUUGCUUAGUGAUGGAUAUCCUCGUUUGAAAAAUGUCAUUCUGAACGAGUCAUACUACAGAGUAGAUAGAAAAGGUUCAAAUAUAGACGUAGUAUUGAUAAAUUGA